GGUACCAGGAGAGAACAAGGGUAUAUGGAGAGAACAAUGUUACCAGGAGAGAACAAGGGUACCAGGAGAGAACAAUGGUACCAGGAGGGAACCAGGGUACCAGGAGAGAACAAUUGUACCAGGAGAGAACCAGGGUACCAGGAGAGAACAAGGGUACCAGGAAAGAACCAGGGUACCAGGAGAGAACAAGGGUACCAGGAGAGAACAAGGGUACCAGUAGAGAACAAGGGUACCAGGAGGGAACCAGGGUACCAGGAGAGAACAAUGGUACCAGGAGAGAACCAGGGUACCAGGAGAGAACAAGGGUACCAGGAGAGAACAAGGGUACCAGGAGGGAACCAGGGUACCAGGAGAGAACAAUGGUACCAGGAGAGAACCAGGGUACCAGGAGAGAACAAGGGUACCAGGAGGGAACCAGGGUACCAGGAGAGAACAAGGGUACCAGGAGAGAACCAGGGUACCAGGAGGGAACCAGUGUACCAGGAGAGAACAAGGGUACCAGGAGAGAACAAGGGUACCAGUAGAGAACCAGGGUACCAGGAGAGAACAAGGGUACCAGGAGAGAACCAGGGUACCAGGAGAGAACCAGGGUACCAGGAGAGAAAUGUUGGGUGGGUGUCUUUUCAGCGGGAGCCUCGAUUCUGGACUGAAUAAAUGAACAUUUCUACUGAAAAGUGCAACUAUCAGAAUAACAUCCUGCUGAAAAAUUAGAAAAUCACAUCAUAACUGCAAUGGAGCCUCUCUCCACGCAGGAACGAUGAUGAUAAGUGUGACUAAAAAAAAAGUUUCAGGGAAGAUGGAACUACUUUAACUGGAGAAAUGCAUUUCUUUUAGCAUAAGUUUACUGUCCUCUAAUAUGCUGGAUUAAACAAUAAAAUGUACUUUGCCAUUCAUCUGUCUUCCUCUCCUACUCAGUUUUUACCAGCAUCUCAUCACUCAUCACCAACCCCACAUUCAUCCAGGUUAUAGAGAUUAAUACAGAUUAAUGCAGGAUUAUGAACCUGCAUUAUGUCUGCAAUAAAGAGUUGCACAGAUUAUUAGAUUAAUUCAUCCCACGACUGAACUACAGGGGAAGCUUUUAUUCUUUGCUCUCACGGUCAGAUUUACUUUAACUUACAUUUUUAAUCAUGUGAAGUAUUUAAUAUGUCUUCAGUGCAGGGAAAGUCUUUAUUUUAGCGGUGCUCUGCUUUGAAAUGAAAGAAAUGUAUCUGACUAAGUUCCAGUCUUUUCCACCCAUCUGUCUCCAACGUUUUAGUCAAAGAUGGCCGACUUGUUUAGUUGGAAAAAUAAAGAUGAUUUAAACAUUCUUUUUGAAA